AAGCCUGAGCGCCAGAACAAACUAGGGAACUGGUUUUACAGAGUUAUCUGUGUAACAGCGCUGUUUACAACAGUUUUAACUCAUACCACCGAGUAAAUGUCAAGGAACGGGUUAAUAACGAGUUUGCGGAGGCUAAUAAACGACGAGGAGCCGCUCGAAACGAGGUCUCCGAGUCCUUUUGAACAGCUACGUCCACGGAUGAAUGACAUCAUAGGAGAUGGAGGAAUCCUGAAGGAGGUGGUGCAGCCAGGAGAGGGCCCGCCUGUCCCCGAAAACGCUUCAGUACUGAUCCAUUACUCAGGCUUCCUGGAAUAUUCUGAUCAGCCUUUUGAAACAACCACUAACCUCAAAUACCCCCGGAUGAUGAAGUUGGGGAGAGAUGUGACACUGGCCGGGCUGGAGGUGGGUCUGUUGACCAUGAAGAAAGGAGAGUUCUCUCGGUUCCUCCUCCAGCCUCAGUAUGCUUACGGGGAAAUGGGAUGCCCUCCAUUUAUCCCCGCAGCAGCUGUGGUUCUGUAUGAGGUUCAGAUCCUCGACUACCUUGACUCAGGACAAGUGGAUGACUUUAUUGCAAUGAGUCUGGUAGGGAGGCUGCAGCACAGAUCAGAAACAGUCUUUGAUUUCUGUUCUCCUCCUCAGGAGGAGCAGAAUACCGUUCCUCUGUCCACACUUCUUGAAGUUGUCAACACACUGCGGAGCUUUGGCAACCGUUUCUUCAACCAGAACCGAUAUUACAAUGCCAAAGAUCGCUAUAAACAGGCUAUGACGCUGCUGGGAAACAGGGAAACACAGAGUGAUUCAGAGAAGGAGAGGAUCAAGACGGCUCUGCUUCCUCUCUACCUGAAUAUUUCUCUCGCUGAGCUCCGUCUGGAAAGACCGCACAAAGCCCUGAAAUAUGGAAACAAAGCCUUGGAGAUAGACUCUGCCAACACAAAGGCUCUCUUCCGCUGCGGACAGGCUUACCUGGAGCUGCAUGAGUAUGCGAGUGCUCAGUGUUGCCUCACAUCUGCUCAAGCACAGAAGCCCUUUGACAGCGACAUCAACAAUCUCCUGAGGAAAGUGACAAUGUGCUAUAAAGACAGCCUGGACAAAGAGAAAGACCUGUACUCAAAGAUGUUUAGAGAGCUGAAGGGCUCAGUAAAAAUGUGAGGACCAGCAAGAGGAGGAGGUUUCAAGAUUCACCAUGUUUCCUUUUCAUAAUUUGUUUUCUACUUAUGAAGGGAGUUGGGUUGUAAUCAUUGUUUCAAUUCUUUCAAAAUUAUCUCAAAUUAAUUGUUGUUUUGAUAUUUUGUUAAAUAAUGUUUCUCAUUAGUACCCUUUCUCUCCUUUGGACUCCUGCUGUACAUAUUCCUUACAUGUUUGCUGGAGUGUUAAGCAUUUGCUUGGGAUCUUGAGAUGAUUAUAAUAAAAAAAAUACAAUGUUCACUUCCAGAA